CAUCGCCUACUAAACUAUCAAUUCCAACAAAUCAUAAACCUAAAUUAAAAAAAUUUCAUAAUCUCUUUUUUAAAAAGCACAAUUUCCCACUCAAAAUAUUGACGUUACUAAUAACUUUUUUUAAAAAAACAUUCUUUGUCAACUUCCUUUCGACAUGUUUUGAUAUGCUACACAACUGCGUGAAUUCUUCGAAUUGGAAUGUAAUAUGCCUUGUAUUUAAUAAUCAUCACAGUUAAACAAAGCAAAGUUUAAAGAAUAAAAAAAUUAGAAACAGUUUUCUUGAAGAUUGGAAAGAUACUUAGUUGGUCAGGGGCGCUGACCAUAAUUAAAUUAUUUAGUAGCUAUGAAUCUUAAAAUGGUCAUUCGUAUAAUCGCUAUCAUAUCCAUCAUCGCACUUUUUAUAGUCGCGCAAAAACAUCUUUCGAAAAGACUAAAUAGUGCCGACAAAGGCAUAAAAAUGACCAAACCAUUUAACCAUUCUAUUGAAAUUGAAGUUUCUGAAAAACAAACUGAAAUUUUCUGGUACACUCUCAUCCCACGGAUGAAAUAUGGUCAAAAAAACAAUGCUCAACUUAGUCUGAAAGGAUGCUUUCAAUCCAACAGAAGCCAUAUUGUAAACAUUUCUAAUGCAUUGUUUCUCACGAACUUUGUUCCUAUCUACGAGGAGUCGUACAAAACAGAGCGUUUAAUAUACAACAACAGAACACCAACUGUCAAAGAAUUUAAAGCAAGGCUGAGUGAAUUACUACAUACGUUACAGUCCAACUUAAAUCAUCCACACGUUGAACAGAUUUUUGUUUUUCUGGAAAAAGAAAGUACCUUGCGAUAUUUACAUUCGCUGAAAUUACAGAACAGUCAAAAGCUUGUACUACAUUUAGAAAAUAAAACGGUUUCAUUACAGACGUAUUUUGAAUAUGCAUCUAAGUGUCUUUUAGGUAAAUUGAUUAUGAUUGGACAUCAAGAUAUUCUAUUCGGAAAAGGCUGGGAUCAAAUUCCCUAUAAAUAUAUGAAGGAGAAGAGAAUAAUGUACGCCAUUACAAGACAACCGGCUACUACUUCAUGUUACUACUCAAGGGAGAGUCCAAACUGUGACGAACGACAUCAAAAAUAUCUCGGCAGUCAUGAUGUAUUUAUGUUUUACGUCAGGAAAAAUACAUUUACAUCAAAUAUAUUACGUUUAAUGAACUUCAAGCAAUAUCUUAAUGGCAUAGAGAAUGUUUUAAUAUGGAUUUUCAAGAAGAAGUUGAAUUAUACUGUAUCCAAUCCUUGUCUCUUAUUGCUUGCUCACCAUCAACAUUGCGUACCAAUACGAGACAAAAUGAGACCUCGAAUAAAUAACGCUUCAACUACUGGUUUGGUUCCAUUCACAGAUACCCUGAUGUGAUAGACUCACGUUAUCACACUUGUAUGUUUACGAAAGAGUGAAUUUGUUUAGUCUU